AUGCUACACCGUUCGGCCCUGGAAGAUGAGCCCCGAUCGUUCCACUCCCGACAUCCGUCGGCCCCCCACACAGAGCCUCCGUCCGGGCCACCUUCCCAUCGACCAGCCUCGCGUUCAUCGCGCCCAGCCUCGCGGAACCGCAUGGUGAAACCCUCAGGAGCCGUUACACCAACGGGAUUGGGGAUGGUGUCGGAGAGCGUGCCUGAUAUCGCUCCCGCGUUGGCUCCCAUCAGUCCCAUCAAAGAAGGAUUGGGCAGUCUGAAUCGCUGGUCGCAGUCGACGACAUCCAGCAAGAGCCCCUCUGAAUACAACGGCCACCAUCGGGGCAGCUCUAAACGGUCCAUCUCGGGUCACAGCCCACACCGUACCCCCGGACUAGGGGAAUUGCCCGAGCUAAGUCUUCCCGAGCUGAGGGCAUCGGAAAUGUUCCCCGCCGAUCUACCGACCUCGCAUCUCGACCUGUCGUUCACAGCCUCCAGCCACAUCUUCCACAAUUCCUCCAUCCAUGAGGCCCGGGAUCUGAGAAAUAUUCCGUCCGACCACGAUCCGGCCGCUACUCGCAUCAGUGAUGGUGCGGUUUCUGCGGAUGGCGAAGGGGACGGAGAGAAUCGACAACAUGGACAAACACAGAAAGCAAUGUUAUCCAAAGCUCUUCAAAAGGCCAACACGGCCGUGCUGCUGGACAAUGCGGCGAAUUUUGAAGGCGCCAUGGAGGCGUAUACGGACGCCUGCCAGCUGCUACAAUGGGUAAUGCUUCGAAGUAAUGGGGGGGAUGAGGAGAAACUCAAACUCCAAGAGAUUGUAAGUCCACCGGGACUCCGUCCGAUUUCUCUGUCCGAUCGGAAAACGACGGUCACAAAGCUAACAGCUGUCCAGCGGGAUACCUAUAUGAUCCGCAUCGCCGAAUUGCAGCGCAUGGACUUCCCCCUGCCGGACAAUGAUGGUAAGGCUCUCCCCGAGCGCCCUUUGAGUCAAGAGUCCUACGGUGAGCUCCUGCAUGCCUCGGCGAUCGAUGGCUUUCAUAUCGACAGCCAGCAUAGCUCGGCCCACUCCAGCCUUGCUUUUCAAGCGGGACUGGAAGAAUCAAGGUCUCUGCCUUCGGAGGCGAUUCCCCCUCGCCGCCAAUCGCUGCGGCCGUCCCUGCCAUCCGGCAGAACGACCCCAGCAGGUCUUGGGAACAAUCUUGCGGCAUACAAUGAGCAAUUCCUUGAAUCAUCUGCCGCGGCAGAGACCAAUGAAUCAACGUCGUGGCUGGACACCAUCGAUGAGUCCGGUGCAUCUUCCCCCUCAUCGGCCAAUUCGAAGGCCUCAUCGGUAUAUCUACGCCGCCGAACAAGUCGCCGUCUUAGUACCGAUACCGAAGCCGAAUUUGAUGCGGCACUCGAUGCAGCGGUGGAAGCGGCAUAUGACGAAGGCCUGGAGCCUGUGUUGGAGUACAAGGAAGAAGAAAGCGAGGAUAUUUUGGCCAAUGCGCACAGGAAUAUUGAGUUGGCAAAACAGCGGGUCCGGGAAGCCGAACGGGAGGCUGAGGCCGCCAUGAACCGUGGUAGGGAGUUCCGCCACAUCCAGGAACAGGCCGUGCUGGAGAACCCCGUGGGCCGCAAUUCGGACUACCUGGAUGAGGAGGCCGAAGAAGAAGAGCGCUUGCUUGAGGAGAUGACCAAGGGCUACGUGAUGGACGAUUUUGAGUUCGGCAUUCAGUCCAAGUCUGCGCUCCCUCGAGAGUCGGACUCGAGCAACCUGUCGGGACGAACCUGGGAAAGCUCAGCUGCGUCCAACAUUACGGGCACGGGCGCUACUCUGUCCACCCUCACGGAGGAUGAUGAUAGGGUCCAACUGCCUUCUUCUUCUCCACCAAAUGCGGCAUUGCCUCCCGUUCCUGCUUCGACUGAUUUCCCUCGAUUACCACCCCAACGAGCCUCUUUCUCCCAGCCCCCUCCUCCGCCCUCCAUGGGACCGCCCCCAGUUCCCGGGGUACGGGCUCGGAGACUGUCGGGACAAGAGCCAAGGGAACUGAAGAUCGAGACGAGCACACGUGCUCGCACCGGGUCCAGUGCCUCCGGGAUCGAUCCCUUCACAACUCCCUCGACGGCCGGACCCCCGCCGCCGCUUCCUAAGGACGACUCGUUUCAAGACCCUCCCAGAGCGUCCACGCCCAGCCUCCGAACCAGUCUGCACCCUUCCAAGCGCAAUCCUUCCGUUGGCUCGGUGGUGGAUCACAUCAAUCUGGCUAAGGCCCGUACGCACGAUGACGACGAGCCGGGACUCCCACCUCUCCCUCUCUCCGCACGACCUAUGGGCAAAGUCCCCUCCGCCCCAGAUGGCCUGGACAGGGCCCACGCCAACUCAAAAUCCUUCCGUACUCGCAAUGUUUCCGUCCCCAUUACUGACACUGCGUCUGGUUCUCCUACCACCCCGUGGAGUGGUUCGUUCCCGACUCUGGACACUCAAAAGGCCGUGAUGGUCCCUGGCGUCCCGGUCAUGCCUACCCCAACAGCUGCACACUUUACACAGAACGGUCUACCUACUGGUGGCCUCAAUCUCUUCGACUGCAACAUCCAUUCGCCCUCUGCUUUAGGGCGUCCGAAUUCGCUGGUCCCCAAUGCGCCACUCCCACUGGAACCCUGCCCCGAGUCCUUCCUCCUUCGUCCGUUCUGGCUCAUGCGAUGCCUUUAUCAGACGAUUGCCCAUCCUCACGGUGGUUACUUGUCCGCGAAGCUCUUCAUUCCUCGCGAUGUCUGGCGCGUGAAGAAUGUCAAGAUCAAGGCGCUGGAGGACAAAGUGUCGAAUUGUGAUCUGCUGACGGCUGCUUUGCUCAAAUUGGCCCAGGUCGACACAUACGAUGCGGACGCCGUGCUAGAAGAGAUGCAGUCCUUCGAGAGUGUGCUCGAUCAGGUCCAAAUUGGGCUAUCGAAGAAGCUCGGCCAUGAGGUUGGCGUCCACACGGCCGUCCCGGUGUUCAAGCCGAACGCGGCACCAGACGAUGCUGCGCAUGCCGAGCCAGCCCCCUCCAGGACCUCCGGUACUUCCAAUAAAUCCUACUUGCCGACUUGGAAACGUCUGCGAGCCAAGACCUCUGGUAUUGGUACCGCAGCCUCCACGGUCCCGGCGGCUCGCGAUAGCAACAAGGAGCACUUGACUCUUAACUCGGUCCCCAUGACCGCAGCACCCAUCAGUCAGGCCCGGCGCAGUGUGACCUCGCUGGAUUUCUCGGGCCCGAACGCCCAUUACAUGGGGGCGUUGGCACGUCUCUUUGACGCCGCUCAAGUGUUGGAUCAAAUCGCCCAGCAGGUUGAGGACCCUGGUCUCAAACAUUCCUCUCCAACCCACGUUGGCCUGGAGCUCAGCACGCGACACGCGGCCGAGUUUUUCGGCUUCUACGUGUGCCGCUUCGCGUUGGCUGACGUGGGCCUCAUGCUUGACAAGUUUAUUAAGCGCGGCAGCGAGUGGGUGUUGAUUUAG